UCCUAAUAACAUCUUAACAUUCAAUCAGUAUGAAGGAUACUUCUGAUAACUCAUCUAUCGAUCAGACCCUGAUAGCAUUGGAUAGCUAUGUGCUUUUAGGCAAAUCUGGACUUCGGGUCAGUCCCUUAGCGCUCGGGACGCUGACCUUUGGAGAAGAAUGGGUAAAUGUAGGCUAUGGUAACAAUAAGGAAGCGUGUAGAAAAAUAUUCGAUACUUACUACGAAAGAGGAGGCAAUUUUUUUGACACCGCCAAUACUUACACAAAUGGUGAUUCGGAAAGAUUCUUGGGAGAAUACAUUUCUAGCAAGAGAAGCGGGUGUGUGGUCGCCACAAAGUACACAAUCAAUGCAGCGUCGAAUGAGACUCUUGCAGGUCGAUAUAGUCAUCCCAAUGCCAAUGCUGGUGGCAACCAUCGCAAAAAUCUAGUAGAGACCUUGGAUGGUAGUUUGAAGCGUAUGGGAGUGGGCUACGUGGACAUCCUCUAUGUCCACCUCUGGGAGUAUAGAAUCCCCAUUUACGAAGUCAUGCGGGCCUUGGACGAUGUUGUCCGUGCAGGGAAAGCUCUCUAUGUUGCUGUGAGCGACACUCCCAGCUGGGUGGUUUCUUCUGCCAACACAAUGGCUGAUCUACGCGGAUUGACACCGUUCAUUGGCUUCCAAACACGCUAUAAUCUUUUGAACCGUUCCCUCGAGUCCGAUAUUCAGCCCAUGUGUGCGGAUAUGGGUAUUGGAAUUAUCCCCUGGUCUGUCCUUGCUGAAGGAUUCCUCACUGGAAAGCAUUCGCGCGAACAGAAAAACAAGGAUAGUAAGCGCAAAGGCCAGGUGGACAGCCACUUCAAACACGACAGAAACUGGAGAAUCUUGGACGAGGUCAAGGCCAUUGCUCAAGAAUGUAACAGAACACCCGCACAAGUGGCAAUGAACUGGAUAUUGCAAAAGCCUGGCAUCACGUCACCUUUGAUCGGUGCUCGUACCUUGGAGCAGUUGGAAGAUAACCUGAACGCAUUGGAGUUCACGUUGAAGCCAUCCCAGAUGGCUCGACUUGAUUCUGUCAGCAAUCCCAAGGAGUGGCCGUUCCCUCAGGAUAUUGCUAGAAACCUAGAUAAAUAUAUCGGUCUUGGAGUCGAUGUCGAGAUGCCUAGACAGUUUCAAGCCUUGUGUAAUCUUCGUACAAGUAAUAUAUAG